AUGGGAACCUCCAAGCUUCCCAGGCUCAGCCGCAUCCAUUUCUUUGCCGAGAGUUCAGGUCAUGAGGUGCUCUUGCGCUUACCUCUGGGGCGCUUGAGGAGGCCACGGCUGUACAUCUUCGGAAUCAACUUCGACAUCAUGCGGAGGACCUCCAUUCCGAAUGCAGGGGACAGCCAUGGCGCGAUGUACCUGGACCGUGAGCGGCUAUGGCUCUACAUCAAUGCUCGAGGCAUGCCCGGAGGGAGUCGUGGACAAGGAGCCAUUGUCCUGCAACUUCUGGAGGUCUUCGUUGCUGAGGUGGUCGUCUUCGUCCCACUCGAGGAGUUCAGCCAAUUCAAAUUCGUGGAAGACCUUGCGAGGUCCCUCAACGUGACCGAAGACCGGGUCUCACUGGUGAACAUCACGUACGAUGGGCAGAGGUGGCUCGAGGGACCGAACGGCCGGCGAUUGCGGAUGGUGGACACCUUGCGGAUCGAGUUUGAAGUCUCCGAGGACCCGGAUAUCCUAGACUUGGCCGUACUUCUGGAUGCGCCCUGGGAGUCCAUGGGAGCCAGCGAUGCUUUCUUUGAAGAUUCCGUGGCCCAGUUACCUCCUGAGGCGCUCUCGGUCGCCAGCAUCCGCAACCUGUCUACAACUUUCCAGGUGACCUUCGCAGAGGAGUUGGUGGACGGGCACGGCGAGCGGCAGAGUGGCUCAGGCCCAGAUGUCGUGAAUCAGAUCUGGUCUGCAGCUGGAGAAGACCUCGCCCACCAGCGCACAACAUCUGGGGACCGUGCGGGCUAUGCCCACGGCCUUCACAGCGAGCAGCCGGAGGGAUGGAAGGAUGGAGAUGAGGCUUCACCCGAGCAGCUUAGCCGAAAGCGGCGGACUGCUGUGGAGAUGCAGAAGGUCGACUUCACUCCAUCUUGGGCCCAGGCUCAAUCGGAGGAUUUAAGCCUCCUGAGACUGAUCAUCGCCGUCAACAAUGUCACUGCCAACUCGGACAAGCCAGAGGUCCCGACACAGGGGACAGACGUGGCCGGAGCUGCUGCAGAGAAACUCCUUCGAUGUAUCAACGCCAUCGUGGAGGAGAAGCGUGCCCAGUUCCUACACCUGAGGCUUCAGUGGCUGGUCUUCCAUCUACACAGCAAGACCAACGUGACCGAGGACAAAUUCAAGCUGCCAGAAGCUUUGGAGACGCCUCGUUCACAACAUGCGCAGAAUGCACGGGAGAUGCUACGUGCGCACCUGAUGGCGGUGCUCCGUGCCCAUGAGCAGGGCCCCGAGAGGGUCAGCUCUCCCAGAUCGGCUUGGACUGGCGAUGCAGCCGGUGAGAGUGAAGGCCCGACCAUCUUGCCGAAGAAGGUCCUGGGUCUUAUGGACAUGAUUGAAGAGUACAGCUUGAAGGGACAGGCAGUCUUCCAAAAGAUCGCCGACUACGUGGCCCAAAUGACCCCCAGCGAGCUGCAGGUUGCGGGCCGCGUUCUCAUGGACACAUCGCUCCAGGCAGACUUGGCGGAGUCCCACCACCGUCUCCGAGCCUUCAAAGCGGUGGUGUCUCACGAUGACGACCAAAGCGAUCUCGCCAGUUUGACCUGGAAGGGACUGCUGAAGAAGAUGGUGGCAGAAGGAGUGAAGCCUGAGAAGAUCCGCGAGGCUUUGUCCCAGCAGAAGAUUGAGCUGGUCUUGACCGCACACCCGACGGAAGCCCAGAGGCGAAGCGCCCUGAAGAAGCACGAGGACAUGCUGAGCUAUUUGCAAAAGUACGACGGCAAGGACUCGCUCACCCCAGGACAGCUGCAAGGCCUCGAUGACGAUAUCAAGGCUGUGCAGUGGAGCUGCUGGCGCACGAACACGGUGCGACGCACCAGGCCCACUCCGGAGGGAGAAGCGCGCAAUGGCAUGCUGGUCAUCGAGGACACUGUCUGGAAGGCGGUGCCGGAGUACUACCGCCGAAUCGACCGCUGCUUGAGGCGAAUUGGCCAACCUCAGCUUCCUUACGGUGCAUCCAUUUUGAAGCUGAGCAGCUGGAUGGGAGGAGAUCGUGAUGGCAAUCCCAAUGUGACGUGGCAGACGACCAAGCAAGUGGUGACGCUGCUUCGCUGGCGUAUCGUGGAGCUCUACUACCGCGAGGUGGAUGAGCUGCUCUACGAGCUGAGCAUGACGGGUGAGACCAGCGAGGAGCUUCAGCGGGAGAUCGAGGCAGUCAGCAGCAUGUGGUCGGCCCCUACGGUGCCCGGAGGCAAGGUUUGCCGCCCCGACCAGCGUAGCGGUGUGCAUUGGAACUUCCACACCGGCGUGGCCGCCGACGAGCCCUACCGAAGGCUUCUGAUGGCCAUUCGCAGGCGCUGCUGGCGAACGAAGAAGACGAUGGAGGCCAUGUACAUGGGCAGCCACGUAGAGGCGGACUUCGAGAAGGAGGUUCUGACGUCCGUGGACGAGCUUGCUCGGCCCCUGGAGAUUAUCUACCGCUCUUUGGUGGAGAGUGGCGAUGAGGCGGUGGCCAACGGCCGACUCCUGGACCUCAUCCGCCGCGUCCGCACCUUUGGCAUCAGCAUGGCCUGCUUGGAUGUGCGCCAGGAAAGCGACCGCCACUCAGAGGCUUUGGAGGCGAUCACCGAAUUCCUAGGCCUGGGCAAGUACACCUCCUGGUCCGAGCAGGAGAAAUGUGACUGGCUCGUGAAGGAGAUCGAGUCGAAGAGGCCUCUCUUGCCUGAAGAUCUCGAAGCCAGCGACAUCGUCAAGGAAGUCUUGGCUACCUACAAGACCAUCUCUGAAUUGCCCAUCGAAGCCUUGGGUGCUUACUGCAUCUCCAUGUCCCGGGCCACCUCGGAUGUCCUUGCUGUGUGCUUGCUGCAGAAGAUCGGAGGUGUGAAGAAGUUCAUGCGUGUCAGCCCCCUCUUCGAGACCCGCGAUGACUUGAUCAAUGCCCCCAAGGUGAUCGACGCCGCCUUUAGCGUGCCAUGGUACAAGAAACACAUUCAGGGCAGCCAGGAGGUCAUGCUGGGCUACUCCGACUCCGUGAAGGAUGCCGGAAAGUUUGCCUCUACCUGGGAGCUGCACGUGGCCAUGGAGAAGAUCUUGGAGGUCGGCAAGAAGCACGGUGUCAACGUGACCUUCUUCCACGGCCGCGGUGGCUCCAUCGGACGCGGAGGUGGCCCUCCCCACCUGACUCUCCUGGCCCAGCCGCAGGGCUCCCUGGAACGAGGCCACCUGCGCUUGACCAUCCAAGGUGAAACCAUCGGCCGCCACUUUGCCAGCGCCGAGGUCGCCGAAAGGACGCUGGAGCGAUACUCCACGGCGGUGCUGAGGCACACCCUCACCCCACCACCACUCCCAAGCCCGGAGUUCCGAGCAGCCAUGCAGGAACUGGCCGACAUUUCCGCAGAAGAGUACCAGAAGACCGUGUUCAAGAGCGAGAAUGAUAUCUUUGUCCGCUUCUUCCACACCUACACUCCCACCUCCGAGCUCGGGCAGAUGAACAUCGGAAGCCGCCCCGCCAAGCGGAGGGCCUACGGAGGCAUCGACACGCUCCGGGCCAUUCCCUGGAUCUUCGCCUGGACCCAGACUCGACUGCUUCUGCCGGUCUGGCUCGGCAACGGCCUCGCUCUGCAGAAGUACAUCGAUGCCGGGAAGCUACCGCUCCUCCAGAAAAUGUACAAGGAGUGGCCCAUGUUCCAGUCCAUGCUCGACCUGAUUGACAUCGAGCUCGGAAAGGCCCAGCCAGACCUGGCCAAGCAUUACGAGACCAAGACUUUGAAAGAAGACGACUUGAAGAAGUUGGCGCAGCAUCUGCGCGACGGUCUUCAGCAAGCCAUCACCAACGUUCUCAAGGUCAAGGGGGCUGAGAAGCUGCUGACCAAGGACCCCGUGGUGAAGCAGUCCAUCGCGAUGCGACGACCAUUCCUGGACAUCUCGCAUGUGAUCCAGGCGGAAGUGCUCCAGAGGCUUCGGGAUGUGCAGGCGAAAGACGAGGAGCCGCCCAAGGAGCUGAGGGAUGCCAUGAUCAUCUCCAUCCAGGCCAUCGCCGCCGGCAUGCAGAACACCGGAUGA